AUUUAGGUUGAGUAUAGAAAGGGAAGUCUCAGCUCUCAAAAGGCAGAAGAUGUCUUACAACAUUUAUGAGGAUGUAGAUUGUUCUACGAAUGCCAGAUUCAGCAAAGAAGUCAACGGAGAAGAGAGCGUGGAGACAAUAGUAGACAUCUAUGAGGGAUUUGUCCCUUUCACAGACACUCGGCACCCACUGAGGAAAAAUGGAGGAGCAAACUCUCACAGUGGACUUAAAGCUACCCUCAGAAAUCGGGUCAAAGGCGUCCCACUGGUUCUGGGUGUGCUCUGUCUGCUGCUGUUUGUGGGGAUCAGCAUCCUGGUCAGACUCUACAUUUCUGUGAAUUUGAGAGAAAAACAGCUCGUCGCCAAGUUUCAGGAGCAAAUAGGAAACCUCUCUGCCGACCUCAGCAAAAGUUACUGCCACUUUGGAAAAGAGAAGGAAACAGAGGCACAAACAGUGGAAUGGCAGAAGAUUACAUGCAGCUGUUACUACGCGUCUAAAGAGAAGAACACCUGGGCACAGAGCCAGGAAGACUGUCAGAGGAAAGGAGCCAGUCUGUUGAUAAUUUACAGCAAAGCAGAGCAUAUUCAGUAA